GAAAGUAGAUACAUAGAAAGAGAGAGAAGUGGGGGGUUAAAAGGAAACGGGCGCGCCUAGGUUUUCAUCAGCGCAAUGGCCGCUACAGGAGACUGCUGUGCCACUGGUCGCGGUUAGCGGUUUUCAUUCUCUCGGGGCCUUUAUUUCGCUGCUACUUGAUGCCAUGCCUGCUACAAAGAAGGUUGAUUAAAGUUUACAUGCUUGAGUUGAGAGUUUCGUUUCCUUUCUUGCUUGAAUCCUGAGCACAAUCACGUUGGGAUUGUAUUCAACAAGUUGAUGAAGCAGAUUGAAAAUCCUGUUGAUUUCGAACUUCCAGAUUGGUUUAACAAAUGGAAGCCUACGCCCUACACAUUUAUAAAGCGCAAUAUAUAUCUCACGAAAAAGAUUAAAAGACGCCUUGAGGAUGAUGGAAUAUUCUGUUCCUGUAGCCCUUCACCUGGAUCUUCUAGUGUUUGUGGUAGAGAUUGCCAUUGCGGGAUGCUUCUAUCUAGCUGCUCCUCUGGCUGUAAAUGCGGGUGUUCAUGCCUCAACAAACCAUUCCAGCACCAACCUGUGAAGAAGAUGAAACUGGUGAAGGUACAAACUGAGAAAUGUGGUUCUGGAAUCGUGGCGGAUGAAGAUAUCAAACAAGGAGAGUUUGUAAUAGAAUAUGUGGGAGAAGUUAUUGAUGACAAAACAUGUGAGGAAAGGCUUUGGAAUAUGAAACACCGUGGAGAGACAAACUUUUACUUGUGUGAAAUUAAUCGAGAUAUGGUAAUUGAUGCGACAUACAAGGGAAACAAGUCAAGAUAUAUAAACCAUAGUUGUUGUCCAAAUACUGAGAUGCAAAAAUGGAUAAUUGAUGGGGAAACAAGGAUUGGCAUAUUUGCAACUCGCAACAUAAAAAAGGGGGAGCAUCUGACUUAUGAUUAUCAGUUUGUUCAGUUUGGUGCAGAUCAAGAUUGCCAUUGCGGUGCUAUUGAUUGCAGGCAGAAGCUGGGGGUCAGACCUGCCAAGCCUAAGAUGUCUUCAGAUGCCGCAUUGAAACUAGUAGCAUAUCAGGUGGCUGUGUCAUCUCCCAAAUUGAAAGCAAUUCUGUCUGGAAGAGAUUUCUGCAAAACACGGACUAAUUAUUGGAUAUUUGUCUGGAAGGUUUAUCAGAACGGAGGUUUACGUGUAGGGAGUUCACAUGUUCGUAAUGAACCAAAAGCUUUCUCCCGUAAUUGCAUUGGUGAAGUUAUUAGGAUAACCCGCCCCAUGAAUGAGAGGACCUUUGGGAUUAUCAAACGUUUUGAUAACUUUUCCAAAAAACACUCGAUCAUGUUUGAAGAUGGUGCUGUCGAAUUUCUUGACAUGACAAAAGAAGAUUGGGAAUUUGUAAUGUUGUGAUUUUUAGUGUGGGGACUUUGGUGAAGCAAAGAUCGCACAGAUGGUCAUAAGCAAUUGUAACAUGUUUCACUGUAUCAAUCACUACUAAGAGCAUCGGCUCUAUUGUCUCUCAUAAAACAAGGAUCCAUCUGCCUUGCGCAUGACUCGCAAGAAUGCAAUACCAAUGAAUGAGCCAUGGUUGUGCGCUCUCAUAAAAUAAGCAUUCGUCGUUCCUUGCAUGGAAUUCACCAAAAAUGUUGUACCAUUUUUUUUCCCCCCAAUAAGGAGUUUGUAAACUGAUUCCAUUGAUGUUCAAGAUAUUUUUGUAGGGUGAAACUGGUAAGGUCCCCUCUUGGAUGGAUAUGAGGGGUUUGCUUUGCCUGUGGUGCUGGAGUCCCAAAAGGGCUGAUGCUAUACACACUUGGGCAAUAAAUAACCGCGUUGUAAGAUAUGGUUUCAAAGCCAAGCUGGGUUGUGUUCUGUGCCCCUGUGAACUUGAAAUGCCCCUGGAUUUAGGUUCUCAGAAGUUGGUAGAGUACGACAGAUCUCUUCUUCUUUUGUUAA